AGCUCUCAAACACUUCCCCUUGGUCACGCAACCUUAAAGUGCAGCAAGACAUAAAAGCCUUUGGUCCGUGAUUUUGGGCUCUAGUGGGGCUUGUACUGCCAUUGACACAAAAGAGAAAAAAAAGCAGAGAUGGGCUUUUAUUUUUCGACAGAGACAUGGACCCUCCUGGUGGCUUUCAUCACGCUGACCCUUGUGUAUGUCUGCUGGCCAUUUGCUACAUUUAAAAAAAUGGGCGUCCCUGGUCCCACGCCAAUCCCUUUUUUUGGGACCAUGUUGGCAUAUAAAAAGGGAUUCACUGUCUUUGACCAGAAUUGCUUCAAUAAAUAUGGAAAGAUAUGGGGCAUAUUUGAUGGCCGUCAGCCCGUGCUGUGCAUCACAGAUCCUGCCAUGAUCAAAACUGUUCUGAUAAAAGAGUGUUACUCUCUCUUCACCAAUCGCAGAGUAAGCCAAACUAAAACACAUUUGAUAAGUCAUAGUGUUACUCGAACUCCUCUUAUCUAUGGCAUGUUUUGUAUAACUCUUACAACUCUGUUGCAGAACUUCCGUCUGAACGGGGAGCUGUACGAUGCUGUGUCCAUCGCUGAGGACGAUCAGUGGAGGAGGAUCCGCAGCGUCAUCUCUCCCUCCUUCACCUCAGGGAGACUGAAGGAGAUGUUUGGCAUAAUGAAGCGUCACUCUGCUAACCUGAUCAGCAGCAUGAAGAAGAAGGCAGACAAAGAUGAGCCCUUAGAGCUGAAGGAGUUCUUUGGAUCCUACAGUAUGGAUGUAGUAACCAGCACAGCCUUCAGUGUCGACAUUGACUCACUCAACAACCCCUCAGACCCUUUUGUCUCAAACAUCAAGCAGAUGCUGCAGUUUGAUUUUUUCAACCCUAUUUUCCUCAUUGUUGCUUUUUUUCCCUUCAUGGGUCCUAUUUUUGAGAAGUUUAAUUUUGCAUUUUUCCCUACCGCUGUUACUGAUUUCUUUUACGCUGCACUGCAGAAGAUCAAAUCUGGUCGUGAGAUAAUCAAGCAAAAGAGUCGAGUGGAUUUCCUUCAGCUGAUGAUUGACUCCCAGAAAACUCAAGAUUCCAGUAAAGUGGAAGAGCACAAAGGUUUAAGCGAUCAUGAGAUCCUCUCUCAAGCAAUGAUUUUUCUGUUUGCCGGCUACGAAACAAGUAGCAGCUCUCUCAGUUUCUUGGCUUACAAUCUAGCGAGGAACCCACAUGUCAUGAAACAGCUGCAAGAGGAGGUGGACUCCACCUUCCCUAACAAGGGUCCUGUUGAGUACCAGGCUCUGAUGGAGAUGGAGUAUCUAGACAGCGCCAUCAACGAGUCUCUCCGAUUGUACCCCAUUGCCCCGCGUCUAGAGCGUGUUGCCAAGGCGACUGUGGAGAUAAAUGGCCUUGUGAUUCCCAAAGAUAUGAUAGUGAUGGUACCCACAUGGCCCCUUCACAGGGACCCUGGUCUGUGGCCUGAGCCAGAGGAGUUCAAACCUGAGAGGUUCAGCAAGGAAAACAAGGGGAAUAUUGAUCCGUACACGUACAUGCCUUUCGGGGCAGGACCCAGGAACUGCAUCGGGAUGCGAUUUGCUCUGGUGAUGAUGAAACUAGCUAUGGUGGAGAUCCUGCAGCGGUACAACUUCACUGUGUGUAAGGAGACUGAGAUACCCUUGGAGAUGGACAUCCAGGGUCUGCUGAUGCCAAAACGUCCAAUUAAACUGAAGCUGGAAGCACGUUCUUAACCCUUAAACUGAAAAAACAAGAAGAUAAAGGUUAAUCAUUUGAGCUUUUAUGCAUAUUGACCUAUUUUAAUCACAUACAUUUUAUCAAGGUAAAAGUACAGUUUUGUUUACAGUCAUAUCAGUUCUUUUUUUUCUGUCAAAGCUUUAAUUUCAAAAUACACUGUGUUAUAAAUGGAAAAUGAGUUAAGCCUGUUUUAAUGAUAAAAUAAACUGUUUUUUUCUCA